AUGGAAGGACUAUAUUCAAUAAAAUCUGAUGUCUUCAGCUUUGGUGUCAUAUUGCUUGAGAUUAUAAAUGGGAGAAAAAAUACCAGUUACCAUCAAGAGAACACGAUAAAUUUGAUAGGACAUGCUUGGGCAUUAUGGAACAAAGGUAAAGUCUUUGAUAUAAUUGACUCAAGGAUGGGAGAUUUAUGGCCAAACCAAGAAGUUUUGAGAUGCAUUCACAUAGGACUUCUAUGUGUGCAAGAACAUGCUAUGGACAGACCAACUAUGUCAGAUGUUGCUUUCAUGCUAUGCAAGGAAAUGGCUUUACCUUCUCCCAAACAACCCGCUUUCAUCCUCAACGGAUAUAAGAUGAAUGUCUUGGAAUCACCAACAUGUGUCAAAGUCAUCUAG